AUGCCUGCCGCAAUCCCCUCACAUAGAGACCCCUCUUAUAUUCUCAAUCAGAUCGUUAUCUCUCCCUCAGACACCGACUACCUAGACCAACUCAUCCCCUCUAUCCGCGAAUACAGCCGUGGGAACAAAACUUCCCAGCUCCUCCAAUCUCUCUCCAAAUUUGCCAAUGACCGUGAAUCAGACAUCGAGAAAGCCUGCAACUCCAGCCACCAGGAGUUCGUCGCCUCCGUGAACCAACUGCUCCGCGUCCGCGAAGGCACCGUCAACUUGACCUCGGAAAUCCUAGACCUCAACCAAUCCAUACAGGCAAGCACGGAGAGGCUAGCAGAGCAGAAGAAAGCCCUCGUGGAAUCUCGCAGCCAUAGGCAAAAUAUCGAUGAGACGUCGCGCGCGUUACAAGAUUGUCUCGAGGUGCUGCGCCUGGCGAAUCAAGUCAAUGAACUGCUAGCGAAGAAGAACCACUAUGCCGCCCUGCGGGCACUUGACGAGCUGCAGAACGUCCACUUGAGGAGCGUCACGCAGCAUAAAAUCGCAGAGAUGAUCCAGCGAUCCGUACCGACCACGCAAAAGGCGAUUGCGGAGGCGGUCAUGGCUGACCUGAACACAUGGCUGUACCGUAUUCGGGAAAUGUCGCAAUACCUCGGGGAGAUUGCUCUGUACCAUACCGACCUGCGCAAGUCCAGGCUGAAGGAACGCGCAGAGCUCAACCCAUAUUUCCGCCAGUUCCGGCUGAAUUCGGCCAUUGAGUUGGUCUCGGAUGAGCAUGAAGAAUUUGAUCUGCUGCAGAAUGAUGACUUGCAGUGA